UCUGGUCUCCUCCUUGUCCAGCAAAAAAACAGUCGAGAUGGUUCGUUACGCCUCCGCCCACCUCGUCAACUCGAACCCCGAGAAGUUCGCCAAGGCUCGGGGCGAGUACGUGCGCGCGCACUUCAAGAACACGCGCGAGGUCGCCGCCGCCAUCUCGGGCAUGAAGCUCUCGAAGGCGUACGCCUACCUCGGCGACGUUCAGGAGAAGAAGCAGUGCAUCCCCUUCCGCCGGUUCGACGGGUCGAUGGGCCGCACUGGCCAGGCCAAGGCGUUCAAGACCACCAAGGGUCGCUGGCCCGUCAAGUCGGUUGGCUUCGUUCUCCGCCUUCUUAAGAACGCCGAGUCCAACGCCGACGCCAAGGACCUUGCCUCGGACGAGCUCUUCAUCAAGAACAUUGUCGUCCAGCAGGCCCCCAAGACCCGCCGCCGCACCUACCGCGCCCACGGUCGCAUCAACCCCUACCAGGGCCACCCCUGCCACAUCGAGAUCAUCCUCUCGACUCCCCAGUCUGAGGUCGCGCGCUCCAAGGACCUUGACAACGUCAAGACCGGCAAGACCGUCGCCGCCAUCGAGGCAUGAGCAGGUUUAGCAUUGGGGGACCACGCGGGGAUACCGCGAGGUCGUGUAUGAUGGAUCAUAUCCUUAACAGGCGGGGGCGCAGUAUCGGCCAGGAGGUGCGGGAGGUGUGCGUAUCAGUUUCGGGGAGCAGGCCGCGGAGAGCGAGGAGCGCCGCGGAGCAAUGAGGGCGGGAUGCAGACGGCCUGCCACCUCGGGUCUCGUAAGCCAUCAUGCAGAGUGGGGC